AAAUGGCCAUCAUUGAGUAAACGUAAUAUUGGAAAACAGGCUCGUCCUGAUCCUGUAGAAGAUGUUCCUGAACAAUCAUCUUCACAGAGUUGGGGAUCAUCCAAGAAUCUAAAGUUCGAAGAAUCCAAGCCUAGUGAACAUCCUUUCAAAAAACCCAGGGUUUCCGUGCGUGCAAGAUCAGAAGCUCCUCUGAUUAGCGAUGGAUGUCAAUGGAGAAAAUAUGGACAAAAAAUAGCGAAGGCUAAUCCUUGUCCCCGUGCCUAUUAUCGUUGCACUAUGGCCGUAGGAUGCCCAGUUCGUAAGCAGGUGCAAAGAUGCAUGGAAGACAUGACGGUGUUAAUAACAACCUACGAAGGCAACCACAACCACCCUCUUCCACCUGCAGCCACAGCCAUGGCCAAUUCUACCUCAGCUGCUGCAACCAUGUUCUUAUCAUCUUCAAGUUCUACAACUAAUAACGAAGCACUAAACAGCACUAGUGUAGGAGUCUUCUCUUCGAUGCCCUGCAGUAUCCCAAUGCCAACACUCUCAGCUUCUGCACCAUUUCCCACUAUCACUCUUGACAUGACCACCAACCCUUUGCAACUGCACCAACAUCCAUUGCAUGCAGCUGCUACUUUUCCUCAGCUACUAGGACACCCCGUAAUGUUACCCCAAAAGAUGUCACAUCCACUAGGUCAACGACAACCUUCGUCUAUGAUGGAGACAGUGACUGCAGCUAUUGCUUCCGAUCCAAGCUUCACUGUAGCAUUGGCAACUGCGAUCUCAUCGAUUAUUGGAGCUCAUGGAAGCAGUGAUGGAAUAAAUAACAAUAGCAAUGGCCAAAGUGUUCCGCUUCUUAAUGGGAUACCUAUUUUGCCUGGAUCUACGUCCACUUAGUUUUCGCAUCACAAUUGUGCAUGCACUGGUAUACUUGAAUUUUAUUUUAUUUUUUUUGCCUAGUUUGCAUCUCAGUAUAUAUUAUUUCCCAGUAUAGAGCAUUGAAGAUAGGAACAUGGUUUAUGUUUCUUAAUACCAAGAAAAAAAUAUUAUAUGGAAAAGGAAAAACAUAUUUCUAGAAUUCUAACCAACAAACAAACUGUCGCGAGAAGAAAAAAGGUUUGUUGAAUGUAGAUAACAUUAAAAACAAAAAAAAAAUACUGAUGUAUUGGACAAUCGCACUAUGAAUCGGCGUGAUUUAUGUUGCGAUGAUGCGGUGAAAACUAUUUUGGUGUAUUUUUUUUUCAGUUUGAAUUUCUUUUUUAGUUUUAUAGUUUUAUUUAUUUUGUCUUUUAGUUUUUUUUUUU